AUGAAAUGGGAACUCCAUUCCGGUGUGUAUUGCGCAGUGGUUGAUGGCUCUUUGAUGGAAAUUGGAGAAAAGUUUAGCGAUGAAGAACUCUCUCCAUUCCUCCCACUUCUUGCAGGUUGUCUUACACAUCCUUCUCCUAACGCAUCGAAGGAAUUUCUCUCGAAAAUUUGCUCCCUUGCGAUGACGAGUGGACUCAUGCCGUAUGUCACUUUGGAUUAUACAAAUCUUGAAAACGACAUUGUUUUUUCGCCCAAAGCAGGAGACAGUGAUGGUUUUGCCAACCUUGACCCGCCUCAGAAGCUCACAACAUUAUGUCAAACUCUUCGAAGCGGGGAGUGGUUGCUGCCUUGUUUAUGCGAGGAAAACAUCGGAGAGUUGGGAUGGUUGUUAUCAUUGAUACUUCUUCAUAUGCCUAGUAUUAUUUCCAUUGAGGAGCUAGCCGCAAAACUGCUUUGCGUCAAAGACGGAUCUGAUCUUCUAACGCAGGUUGUGGCGAAUGUGUCCGAAAUGUACCUGCCUCUGAUAACUCAUUUGCUUGACAUGGCUCCAGCUGAUCAAGUCGUUUCUGCAGCUCGUCUAACGACCAUUACGAACCUUGUCACGCUCAAUCCUCUACUUUCGCACUCAAUCCUUGACCGAAUGGCGGAGAUGCGCAAGGAAUGCAUGUUUGCUACUAGGGUCGUCAGUGAGCGGCUUGACGACGAAGCAGUUUGUUAUUUCCUGAAGACUCACUUGCUUGACCGGAAAGGGCUCGUCUCAGCGAUGAUUGGCAAGAGCGCUACUAAGCAUACUGCAGCAGUUGUUCUAAAUCGUUUAUUGGCAAUGAUCUCUUCUGCUGCAGACACGCAAUCAAAGGAGCCGAUGACAGACGUGCUGUUCUCGAUAAUUUGUCUAUAUCAUCGCUGCGGCUUGAAACUGCCACCUUCGGAUCUCACUGCAAUCACCAAUUUUAUCUGUCGACGCUAUAUUUCUUGCGAUGGCUAUCUCAUUGCAGCUCUUGCUGCGCUAAUUGCAACUCCUACGCUUACUUUCUCUAUGAGCGUCCCUGUGGCUUUAAGCUACCAGGUGGAGCCGCACAUCUCCAUUUGGUUCGAGUGGUUGCGUAACGAGACGGAAGGAGGUACGCGCAAGGCGCUUGCUAGAGAUCUACUUUAUGUUGGACUGGGCAUUCUUGGAGGACGAUCGGAGGCCAUUUGUUCGUACUUUGCCGAAAUACUCCGACUGCAGAAGGUGUCCAUCCAUCAAAGGCAUAUGGAACAAUGGAAAACCCUUUUCAUUAAUUCGUGCCUUUCUGAGGCGGAUGUUACUGCAAGAUGUGCCACUCUGCCGAUAACUCCAUCUCUUUCUUCUUCUUCUGGAAACAGGUUACCCAUUCAUGCAAUGGCAGAGUUAAUGUCAGCAAACGCAUUCACGAAACACAAUGUUGAUAUCAGUAGUUGGAUGCAAAAUCAACUUUCAGAAUUAUCGUUGCCGAUGCAUCCGCAGUUGGCUGAACUCACGCUGCGUUUUGCCGUGGAAUCAGCGCAGAAAAGUCUCUCCGGCUUCUCAAAUGAAUUUAUCAAUAGUGUAUUUUCUGGUGAUCUUCUCGAUGAAUCCAAACUUUCUCUACGAGUUCUUGUUCUGCUAUACCUGCUCUGCUACAAGACGAGAGUCGAUGCUGUUAGAGGCACAGGGAUAUAUCCCAUUGAUGUAUACAUGCGUCUCCCUAUUCGCUAUUUGUUGAGCGUAAUGGAAGUCCGUUAUGACGACUUUGCCAAAGCGAGAUGUCACCUCGUACGUUUUGUCACUGAACUAUUUCCACAUGUGUUGCCAACUGUUGACAGCAUGGCAAUUGCCCAGUCUCGCUACACUGGUGCUCACAUAAAAGAGGAAAAUUUCGGUGAACAUCUAUGUUCUCCUGACUUUGCUGUGGCAAUGGCGACUGCUCAUCGUCUUGAUACUGCUCCUCUUACCGACCAGGUUCGUUUCAUCCCUAGUCUGGCUCGAGCCUUUUUGUACUCCUUGGAUUCCAUUCCUCGAUCUUAUGUAGAAGUGAUAGUCGGUAUAUGGAGUAGACUCGAGAACGUUGUUCCGCGGAUGCUCUAUGAGAGUUGUACGUUAGAGUGGGCACCUUCAAUCUCUCCUAGUCAGUGCUAUCGACAUCCAUGUCUGUUGUUUAGAUGUGACAGGCGCAUCUUUUCAUCACCAGCGCACUUCAGUUGCUUUCUAAGAAUGGUUUCAUUUUAUGACCAUGCCUGUCGUGUACAUCUAAUGUCACAGGUGCAGAAUUCAUCAGCAGCGAAUGAGGAUGAUCGUGCUUCACGAGACGUCCUCGCCCAUGCGUUUGAUCAUUCUCAAACGUCCAUUCUGGUGCAAACCUUGAUUGAAAUCAGUGACGCGAGGAGGAUGAACGAUGAUCUACGAAACAGCAGUGCGAUUGCACGUCGAUGCGAGGUCAGGAAGCUGGCAUGCGAGUUUAUCCAUCAGAUGUUUAUUCAGGACAAAAAUCUAAUGAAACUCGUCCUUUUCCAGACAUGGCCGAUUGAUAUGAUUCGUCCGCUUGUCGAAAACAUACCGUCCAUGUUCGUUGCAGCAGAAUAUAUACAAGAGAUGCUCUCCUUACCCGACAUGAAGAGGCGUAUCUUUGCAGUGUGUCUUAUGGCAGAAGUUGGCCGAAAAUAUCGCCUGCCAGAAUCAGCUGCUUCAUUGAACUUGGUCAUCGACAUCCUAAACACUUUGCUAAAGUCCACUCAAAUGCCGGGAAAUCAUGCCCUCUUCACAGCCAUAACACCAUCUCUAGGACAUAUCGUGCCAGUCUUUCCGCAGCUCGCUCCUUUGGUAGCUGCACUUAUGCUGAGAAUCUCAUCUGUGACUCGUGCACAACUGGCGAUGAACUGUCUUGACGCUCACCCUCAGGGCAAUCGAGAGCGACGACUAGUGAACACUGUCGAACGUGUACUAUGCUCACGUUUGUUUAUUACAGAUUGA